UCUCCCGCGCGAUCACGCAGCCGUAUAAUAUACCUAGCACACACUGCGGCGCUCGUCCGCGCGCUUCCUAUUUUGGCAUAUUAAGCGAGGCCGGGCAGUGCGUGCCACGUUGCCGGAUCAAGACAUGGCCUGCUGGACGUGUCUCUGGCUUCUCGCGCUCGGCGUCGUCGGGACGUCCUUCGCCGAGAUGUCUGAUCAGCCGAGCGACAAUUCGAGCUUGUACCGGUUGCCGAAAGACGUGUUUCCGGAGUCGUACGACCUUCUGCUGCUCACCGACCUCACCAGCGGCAAUUUCACCUACGAGGGAGAGCUUGACGUGAGGCUGUCUGUUGUCGAGAGGACGAGGCGAGUGGUUCUGCACGCCUACAAGACGAUUGCUUUGCUAGAGGAGAAGACCCGGUUGGCGAGGCUUGCGGAGGAUGAUCCCGACGUCGAAGUCAAGGAGGAGCGUAUCAAGGCUCAGAAGUAUGACCAGGAGACGCAGUUUUACGUGGUCGAGACCGAGGAGGACCUGCUGCCGGGUGGUAGGUAUCUGCUCAGGCUGAGCUUCGUCGGACAGGUGGUGGACGACGUGUUCGGGUUCUACAGGAGCUCGCACAGGGCUGCCGACGGUGAGACCAGGUGGAUAGGCGUGACGCAGUUCUCCUCGAUAUUCGCGAGAUGGGCGUUCCCCUGCAUGGACGAGCCGGGCUUCCGGGCGACCUUCCAGCUGAGCAUAGGCCACCGCGAGAACGAGACCGUCACCUCCAACACCCUUCCCGAGUCCGUGACGCUCAGCGACCGCAAGCCCGGCAACGACUACUACGUCAGCAGGUUCUCCAGGACACCUCGGAUGUCGACCUACCUUCUGGGCUGGGUCAUCCACUGCUUCACCCGGGUCAACUCCUCGGACCCGCGCAUCUGGCUCUGGACGCGCUCUCCCGCUCAGGCCCACUGGGACAAAGCCCCGGCGCUGGUCGAGGGUCCCAAGAUCUACUCCACCCUGGAGAAGUGGAUGGACCUGCCGAACCCCGUCGCUAAGAUCGAGCACUUCGCCGUGCCGGACUUCUUCUUCAGCGCAAUGGAGAACUGGGGCCUCAUCACCUUCCGCGAGUCUGUGCCACUCGUCAGCUACGAGUCCACCUCCAGCAAGGACAUCCACAGCAAGCUCUUGACGAUGGCCCACGAGUACAGCCACACCUGGUUCGGCAACAUCGUCACGAUGGACUUCUGGGAUCACGCCUGGAUCAAGGAGGGCUUCGCCACCUACUUCGCCUACCUCAGCCUGUCGAUGCUGGAUCGCGAGCCGGAAGUCGUCAUGGAGGACCUCUUCACUCUCGAGAACAUGCACGCGAGCAUGAUCAGCGAUUCGGCGAAGCAUAGUCGAACGAUGAACGGCCAAGGUAUCGGCAGUCCCAAAAGCUGCAGACUUCACUGGGACUUUGUCACUUACGAGAAAGCCGCAUCGAUUAUCCGCAUGUUCGCCGAGGUCGUGGGAAAGGACGUGUUCAAGGAGGCGAUGCACGGCUACCUCCGAGACAAGCAGUACACGGCAGCUGUUCCCAAGGACAUUUACGAGCACCUGGAGUCGGCGAGAAAGUCUCGGCCGGACGGCAUACCGGUGAGCAUCGAGGAGUUCGUCGAGUCCUGGGCCAAUCAGCCCAACUACCCACUGGUACGGGCAUACAGAGCAGCGAACGGCAGCCUGACACUGUCGCAGCGAGUUUUCCAAUUCGCCCCUCGCGCCGAGUCCAACCAGUCACGUUUCUGGUGGAUCCCACUGAACAUCGCCGCCGGGGACCAAGUUCUCGAGACCUGGUUGGGCUCGGAGUUGACCAGACAGGUCCAGCUGCCCCCGUCGGACUGGUACCUCGUGAACCACCGACAGUUCGGAUACUACCGCGUGGACUACGACGACGACAACUGGUCGGCCCUCCGGGGACUCCUGAACUCCGAGAACUUCCGCCGGCUCAAGUCCGUCGACAGGGCUGGUCUCCUCGACGACGCCUUCAACCUGGCGAGAGCCGGUUUCCGGGACUACGAGCUACCCCUUGAACUGGCUCGUUAUCUCCGCCGCGAGGAAGAUUAUGCGCCCUGGGCAGCAGCCAGCAGUGCCCUUCGACUGAUCGACGACAAGCUGAGGGACAGGCCGGAUAUCAGGGCAGCCUUCAGGCGCUACGCCAGCGAGCUGCUAACUCCCAUUUACAAGAAAUUAACUUUCGAGACACUCCCCAGCGACUCCCGCGUCAGGAGGAUGCACCGGAGCCUCGUUCUCUCGGCCGCUUGUUCGAUCGACCUUGUCGACUGCGUGUCCAAUGCUAAAUCAAUUUUCGAUCAUUGGAUUGCCGAUGAAAACAAAGUCAUACCCGCCGAUCUAAAAGCUUUUGUGUACCGCGUCGGCAUUGUCAAUGGCAGCGGCGAGCAUUGGAUUUCUCUGCGGCUGAGAUUUUUUAAAGCGGAACUGCACUCGGAGAAGGAGCCCAUGAUGCAGGCACUGGCCAGCAGCGAGGAUCCCGCGUUCGUCAAUGAGCUCCUCGAGUUGGCCGUUCAGCCGAGCGCGGAUGUGGCCAAGCAGAACAGGCUGUCGAUUGUCAAGGCGGUCGUUGCUGGAAGCAGCAGAAACAUCGAGACGAUGCUGGAUUAUCUUCGGGAUAAUUUGACAGAAGUGAUUCGACUAAGGGGCGAGGACUUUUUAGCCGAUGCGCUGUCUGCGAUUGGCAAAGAAAUAACUUCCAUCGUGCAAAACGAUAAGCUGACCCAAUUCGUAGAAACAAAUGCGAGCCUACUUGGAAGCGCACUAGAAGCUGGCAAAAAAGCGAUGGAAUCAGCGAGUAACAAUAUUGCCUGGAUCAAUACGUGCGCCUCUCAAGUAUCCAAUUAUUUGAAUUCCAAGUUUGAGCGCUCAAGCAAAAUGAAUAGAUUAAUUAGUAUAAUUUUCUUAGCCUGUCUCAUUGCUGUUGAGGCACGGUCUAACUAUCCAAUUACAUUUGACACAAACAAUGACGUUUUGUUUGAAGAUGCAAAGGCAAAAAUCACGUACAGGUUACCGACUACUGUAAAGCCCAAAAACUACAAUUUGCGAUUGCAGCCUUUUUUUGUUGUCGAUGACAACCACAAAGCGUUUACAUUUGAUGCCGAAGUUAAAAUUUCCUUUGGAUUAUUAGAGAAUGUAGAAAACAUAACUUUUCAUUCAAGAAACUUGACAUUCAAAAGUAUUAAAUUAGAAAAAGGCAAGGAUACAAUCAAAGUUGUUCUAAAAGAUGAAAACGAAGAUGAUCUCAAAAGGGACUUUAAAGUUAUAACAAGUGAAUCCAAAGAAAAAUUCGUUAAAGGCACUGAUUAUGUAUUAACGAUAGUUUAUAUUGGCAUUUUGCACAAUGACAUGCGCGGAUUUUACAGGAGUUCCUACAAAAAUGAUGAUGGGGAAGUGAGAUGGCUCGCCACAACACAUUUUGAACCAUAUGGUGCGCGACGAGCAUUCCCGUGCUUUGAUGAACCACAAUACAAAGCAACUUUCGAUGUUUCUAUCAUUCAUCCGGAAGUUUACAAUGCUAUUUCCAACGGGGCGGUAAAGUCCACUGCCGGAACCGGUGUUGGAACUGGCUUGAAAAUAACAACUUUUCACACAACUCCUAUAAUGUCUACUUAUUUAUUAGCUUUUGUUGUAUCUGACUUUAAGAGCAAAGCUAAUAUGGCAGAAAAUUUCACUGUAUAUGCCAGGCCAAAUGCUAUAAAACACGCUGAUCUAGCUGUGAAAACUGGCGAAAAGUUGCUAAAAGCGUUAGCAAAUUACACAGGUAUUGAAUUUGAAAUACCGAAGAUGGACCAAGCCGCUAUCCCGGAUUUCGCAGCUGGCGCGAUGGAAAACUGGGGUCUUGUGCUGUAUAGGGAAAAAUCUCUCCUGUACGAUGAAAAUGACAUGACCUCAAGCGAAAAACAAAAUAUCGUCGAAACUAUUGCUCAUGAAUUCGCUCAUCAAUGGUUUGGAGAUCUGGUCAGCCCUGUAUGGUGGAAAUAUUUGUGGCUCAAUGAAGGCUUUGCCAACUUUUUCCAGAGCUUCAUCACACAAAAGGUGAUUCCAGAGUGGCGAACUGCUGAACAAGCCGUAGUGAAAUCAAUUCAGACUACUGCUUUUGAUUUCGAUAGUGGCCGCACAACGCAUCCAAUCAAUCAAAAUGUGGAAAGCCCCGAUGAAAUCAGCGCCAUAUUCGACAAUAUCUCAUACUCUAAAGCCGGAGCCGUCAUUCGUAUGAUGCAGCAUUUUCUUACGGAAACAGUUUUUAAAAAAGGACUUACUGCAUAUCUAACUGGAAAGAAUCACGGCGCAGCCAACUCCGAUGACCUAUUCAGUGCUCUCCAAAAUGAAGCAAAAGACAAUCCAAAAAAUGUCAAAGAAAUCAUGGAUACGUGGGUUAAUCAAAAGGGAUAUCCUGUCGUGAAGGUAACAAGAAAUUACGACAAGGAUGGAACAGUUAAAAUUCAGCAAGAACGCUUCGUCAACUAUAUUCUCGAUAAAGGAGAGCAAGUUAACCAAACAUGGCACGUUCCGAUUAAUUAUGCCACUGAGAAAAAAUCAGAUUUUGACAAAACCACAGCUGACCUCUGGUUGACUAAGGCUGAAGAAACUGUCAAAAUUGAUGCAAAGCCUGACCAGUGGCUCAUCGUAAACAAACAACAAACUGGUUUUUACCGCGUGAAUUAUGAUGAAAAAAACUGGAACCUCAUUAUUAAAACUUUGACUUCUGGCAAACAUGAAAAGAUUCAUUUAUUGAACCGAGCGCAAUUAAUUAACGAUGCAUUAGCUUUUGUCAAGCAGAACACCCUCAAUCUAUCGACUCUUUUACACAUGACUGCUUACUUAACAAACGAGACUGACUACGUCGCUUGGUAUCCAGGUUACAAAGCCUUUAUGUGGCUCAACGCAAAACUAAUUAACACCGAACAUCAUGAAAUUUUCAAAGAACACGUAGUGAAUACGACUAAAUCUGUAGUUGAGUCUGUUGGUUUCGAUGAAUCAAAAGACCCGACCAAUGAAGAAGGACAUUUAACUAAAAUUAACAGAAACAUAGCCAUCAAUUUGGCUUGUUCUGUUGGCUCUAAACAAUGCACAACGACAUUAAAUGAAAAGUUUGAAAAAUGGCUUAACGAUUCAACCAAAAACCCGCUCAAACCCGAUCUUAAGCAAGCUACACUUUGUAAUGGUUUACGAACAGCAAGCGCAGACGUUUGGAACAGAACCUUGAGCCUAUGUGUCAAAACGACUAAUUCCGUGGAAAAAGCUGACUUAAUUAAUGCAUUAGGAUGUUCAACUGAUGAAAAUAUCUUGCGAUACUACAUUAAUUACGUGGCAGAAGACGAUUCCCCUAUUGGCAACUAUAUGUCUUCAAUAAUCAGAAGUAUUAGCGAACAAAGCGAUGUUGGUGUAAACCUGGCUUUGGACUUUGUAACAGAAAGAUUCAACACUCUUUAUAGAAAACUCCUAAACGAGAUUGCCAUUACCGGCUUGAUUACCAGCAUCGGUGAAAAAAUAACAACCCAAGAACAAUUAGAUAAGCUCAAAGCGACUGAGCAUAAAGACGUCCAUAAAAAAUUCACAAGUCUGGCUAUUGCAGCGGCAGAAAAUAAUAUUAAGUGGGUAAAAAAUAACAACGAUGCUCUCGUAGCUUGGACAAAAGAAUUAAAAGGCAAUGGCGUUUCAAUAGCAUCGGCAUCUGCUGUUCUCAUUUCGACGAUAAUGAGUUAAUUAACUAAUAUUGUAAUAACUUAAAAUAUGUACAAAAGGAUACUGUAAAUAAUAUAAAUUACAAGAUAAUAAUGUACUUAAACUAAAUAUUUUAUAUAAAAUGUAUACAGUAUUAAAUGAAAACAUUUUGAAUGUAACUACAUUACAUAAUAAAAAUAUUGAAACAA